AGUCAACAGUGAGCAAAAUGAGAAGUGACAGUCAUCUGCAGAGAGAUUACUAAGAUCUAAAAUGAUCUGGAGACUGAAAAAUGUCCCCUUUUCUUUCAUUUUAUCGUCAAAAUAGGUCGCAAAUUUCGAUUUUACGCAUCAAAAAUACAGUUUGAUCGUGGUUUUAUUUCAGAUGGGGACUCUGUAGAGAGCAGGGAGGGUGAAGGGUUAAUUUGUGGCCGGGGAAACCUGAUGCUAAUUAAGUCUUAGGAAUGCCAUAUACUGACAUUGUAGUGCAGAAGCCCUCAGAGUGGGUCAGGCAUGGAGAGAGCCAGCAGUAACGCGUGCGUCUAAUGUUUUUAUUCUGUACUGACAGUCGGGAAAAGCCAGUCUCACCAAAGCCUGGAGCUGAAGGAUAUUUUACGCAAAAAUGGUUUCAGUAGCCCCCUUUCUGUUGCUGCUCAUCUCCUGGGUGUCACUGCACAGCGCGGAGGUUUGCCGGGGGACGCACUGCCACGGCGGGGACACCAGCGAUCCAAGACCGUGCACGGGAGCGCACUGUCCGGGGAGCAGAUCCUCCAGACCUCCGCGGCAGUUUAACCCAAACGCGCAGGGGAAAGCGGUCAGCCACCACCAUGCGCACUCGGGCUCUCCAAGCUCCAGCGUCCAGAUCCUCCGCGGCACACGCGUGAGAGCGCCUGAAGUUUUCCCUGCAGGAUGCACCGAUGCGGACUGCGCUGCGCUUUUCAGGCAGUUUCAGCCCAACAACGACACCCGGGAGUGCAGAGGGAUCGAGUGCAGGCUGCCGCUGAGGAUCCGGCCGAAAGCUCGGGCGAAGUCCUGCGUUGGAGAGGGAUGUCUGAGCGGCUCGGAGGAGAGCCAGCUUCCUCCUGUCCAUCUCUCCGACAGAGCCGCGCAAUUUCUGGGAGAUUUCCCUGAGUUGGGAUAUCCGUCUUCGGAACUUGGCGGCGCGCCUUUGGGUGUCCAGCUCACAUGUGACAUCAAACCAGGGGAGAAUGAAGUUCCGUCAGAAGAUGCCCUCAUCUUGCACCUCCAGCUCACCAAGGGGCAGGAGAAGCUGGUGGAGGCCCUUCGAGCCCAGCAGGCGAUCAUUCGUGACCUGCAGCAGAAGCUGGCCGACCAACAGGAGGCGUUGCUGUCCCAGCAGCGCGAGAUCCUGGAGCAGCAGCGGCGGAUGUACGAGCAGAUGGACGUGGUCAAGGCCCAGUACGGCCUCCUUUCUGACACCGUCAAGCAGGUUUCCUUCCAGGGCCUGCAGAGCGAGCUGCAGAGCUACUUUGAGAGCCACCUGGCUGGGCUGCAGAGCCAGGCCCGAAGCCACCUGCAGAAAUCCUACGCCGUCCACAAAAUGGACAUCGACUCCAAGGUGAUGGAUGUGGUCGGGGAGGCUCACUUUCCUCAACCGCUGCUGGGAUGCCCUUCGCCCUGUGGGUCAGAGGAGUACUGUGAUUUUCAGAGGGACCCACCUCAGUGUCAGAAGUGCACCAUGUGUCCACCAGGCUUCUUCCUGAUCUCACAGUGCUCCCCGACGGCAGAUAGAAUGUGCCAGGACAGAGACGAAUGCCUGGAACUCCCAAACGUUUGUGGAGAGCGAGUGAAGUGCCUUAACACUCCAGGAGGAUUCCGGUGUCUGGGAGUUUCUGAGAGAGAAGCAGUAACAGGCUUGUGUGGACACGACUACUUCUACAAUCAGGAGCUGCAGGAGUGUCAGGCCUGCUCGGACUGCGACGGAGAACCCGUCACUGUUCCCUGCACGGCGGUCAGUGACGCCGUCUGCGGCCUGCUUUCGGAGAGCCGCCUCUCCGGGUCUUGGGUGGCGAACGUUGCAGUUCCCCCUGCCAGGACCUCCGUCGCCAAUAUCUUCCCCGGGCUUCAGCUGAACAUACGAGGCAAAGAGAGCAGCGAUCUGCUGUCCAACGAGGCGGGGCAGGUGACCUUCCUGCAGCACAGCCUGGUGUGGAUGGAUCACAACUUCGCCAUAAAGCACAGCUGCAGGAAUUUCCUCCAGGUGGGCAUGAGGCUCAACGUGAGCCAGGAGGAGGAGGGUCAGGACAUCAGUGGGGUUCGGAUCGAGCAGCCGGAUGGGAAGUACUUCCAGGGGGUCAGCGUCAGUAGCGGCGUGGAGGUGGAGCCGAACCACACCUUCACGCUGCUGCUGAAGAGUCCGAACCAACACUGCAACCAGAGCAAGGAUCUCCACGUGUACGACGUCGCCGCUCCCUCUCUGAGCCUCCUCUGGUUGUCUCAUGAUACCGGCGCUGUCGCUAUGACGGCUCAGAUGUUACUCUUGGCUCACUACCAGACCAGCUACCGGCCAACUUUCCGCUUGAGCUCGGUGUCGGACCCCUACAUGAUCACCCUGACUCACGACAACCGCGGGGUUCGCUUCACGGAGAGCGGCGUGGUGAAGUUCGUCCUCCAGCAGGCGCUUUACUCCAUGGGCCACACCUGCAUUCGAGAGGGUUUCUCACUGAUCGCAUACACAAACCGCAACGGGACCGGCCAGGAGGCAAUGCAAGCCUUUAAGACGGGUGUUAACUACAGGGACACCUCCAUCACCCUCUCUGGUGCCGUUAGCGUCAACAGCGGAGACACCCUAGGCUUCGAGAUCACGUCCCCGUCCCAGUGCAACCUCCGCUACUUCGGGGACAACACUGGGAUCAGCAUGUUGAGCCUCAUCUGGAUUCCUUCAGCCGUGUCGUCGGCGUUGACCGCCACCGUGUCCAGGACCGGUCUUCCCUUCGGAGCGGUCAGGAAUAAGCCGCUGUUGUUCCAGCAGAUCAGCCCGGACACACCGCAGGUCCACUUGGCCCGCUCAGGAGAGCCGAACGCCCGGAAGAACUUUAUAUUCCACGAGAAAGGGACGGCGAACAUAGCCCUCAACCUGAAGCUGAUCCACUCCUGUAAUAUAGUCAAACUCACUCUGCAGCGGCCGGCGGGUCAGGGCAGGCAGGCAGGUCCUGUGGCUCAGCAGGUGUCUGGAUCUAUGCCUGAAGGGAGCGAGUGGGCCAGUAUAGGACUCAGAGCUUCCUUUCCGGUCCAGAACGGUACCGCUCUUUAUGUCACGCUGGACUGUAUCCGAGGACGAGUCAACCAGAUAACGCACGAGGGCGGCACUAACAUUUCAAUUCUCUGGGUUGCAGUGUGACCCCCGAGAAGAGGCCCAUCCUUUUUUCAUCAGUACAUUUUGUGAAUAAAGACAGUUUUGCACAGUAUUGAAUCGCAGAGCAGAUUCAAAAACAUUUACCAAACUAAGGAAGAAUACUGGUUGAUGAAAAACACAGUCAUCUAGUCCACAUAUUCUGUUAUUUCUAAUGUAUAUUUCUUCACCUGUUUAGACUUUAAUUGUGAGUUUUGUUUUUAGUGGAAAACUAUUAGUAUAAGUACUGCUUUUGCUUGAAGUACUUCGGCUGGUUGAGCAGUGACCAAUUGUACAUCUGAAUGUGUGUGUGAGUGUGUGUGAGAGUGUGUGUACGUACAUGUGUGAUGGUGCUUUUGUAUGUAUGUGCGUAUGUACACACACAUCGGCAUGCCUACUUUUGCAUAUGAGACAUUUAAUAUGUAUAUCCUUCCAUUCCUGCAUAUAUUUAACAUACACACUGUAUGUAAUAGUCAUUUUUUUUAUAUCAUUAGACCUUUAAAGGAGCAGUUUGACAUUUUGGGAAAUACUGCUACUUCCAUUAGCUGGUUAGCUUAGCUUAGCACAACAACUUGAACAAGGGGAAACGGCUAACCUGGCAAGGGAAUCUGUGGGUAUCUCUUGCACUUUUCCUCCUGUGAUCCAGAAAUCAUUCCCCCUCCGCCAUCAUGGAGGAUUUUCCCAUUACUUAAAUGCAAUUUGAGAUGAGAGGAUGUAUCUGAAGGAGUUUAGAACGUGGAAACAGCCGUUUCUGCAAGUGCCACAUCUUUUUUUGAAUGGUGACACAGCUGUGCAGCAUGUCAUAAAUGCUGUUGGGGAAAAAUAAUUUCUAAUUUGGCAACUAUCAAAAGUAUGACUGUCACCCAAGCAUGAAUGUGUAAAACUAUUUACACGACAGUUUAAAAUGUGGAUCAGACAUGCUGCACAGCUUGUAUCCUACAUUGCAGCCUUUGGAAUUCGCUGAUUGCAUUGUUGCAAACUGAUUUGAAAUCGAUUAAUUGUUCCAUCCUAUAACAUGUAGCAUUAGUAGCAUGUGACCUGAGAACCAGCAGCUGCUUCAGGCCUCCAUGUGUCUCCACACAAGAUGCAUUCAGACACGAUUUUAAGGAGCAGGUCACCCUAAUGAAGUGAAGCGCAAAAGGAAACGUGAAGCAUGUAAAUAUGUUUCAGAUUUCUUUUACGCGUACAAGGGAGUACGUGCAAGGCCCUUUCUUCCUGGUUUCCACUAAGCCCUCAUAAAGCAGCUAACUGACAUUUUUACUCCUCUGAUCAAACAAAUAAGAUGUACCGUGUAAAGUUUUAAACUGCUGAGGUGCUCGUAGGUAGAUUUUAUAACAGUUUGACCGAACCAAGCCAGCUGUUCCCGCCUGUUUCCCAAAAUGUUGAAUUACUCCUUUACUGUUAAGAAGAAAGACCUAUUCAAUAAUGCAGCAUUGUAACUUUUAAAUAAGCAGGAAUUUUGAUAUUUCAUGUAUUUGAUGAUAUUUAUUUUAUAAAACAGGACCUUUGUAUUUCACUAUAGAAUACAUGUUUGUCAGACAUGAGCAAAAAGUGAAAAAAACACCUAAAGCAUAUAUAGUAAAGCACUGAGUAGACGGUGCUGACAUCCAGAUGCACGCAGUGAUAGCCUCUAUCAUAAGUUUAUUUGCACACAUGUAGUUUAGCAUAGCAUUAUGGAAUGUGCAAACAUUAUACUUUGUUAUUCUUUUGCCUAAAUGCUGUUUCCCUGUGAAGAGUUGCCCAUGCAUAUCACUCCUAAUUGCCUCUGUGUGUGUUCUGUCCUCUCAACAAUUAGGCAUAAUUAAGUGUUUCAGAGAGUUGGCAGCAAAGCCGCCACUGAAAUUCUUCAGCUUUAUUCUCACUUCACUGCACGUAGUGAUAUUUUUGGGGUGCUGUUGGUCUCCCUGCACAUGUCUCGUGGAACGUCAGUGUAUGUGUUCAACACCAAAUAAAAAAUACAUAUAUUUUGCCAGAAAA